GGCCGUGGAAAGACCAUUUGUAACCUCGGGACAUUCAUUUUCUUCUGAGUGAUUCGUUCGUCGAGAAAUAAGGGAACGAUCUCCCCCAGGAACCAGGGCCUCCUCCUACCUCAGACCGUUCGUCCCGUGAAAAUGCGACCGGACCCGCCCCGAUCCACCCCGUUUCCAAGGCCUCCCCGAAUGUGAACCACCCCCCUCGUCAACCCCAACCAACCCCGCAACCCUCUCCCAGAGGAUAUGAUCCGUCAUUGAAUCUUUUUUAAAAGUGGCCAUUAUGUCUCUCACUGGCACCGGGUCGGACAGCGGGGAACACCAAUCGGCGGACACCAGCCAUGGUUUCGUCACCGUCAUCCCUGUCGAAUAUUCACGGCAUAGGGGUUUCCUUCAACCCCCCGAUCAAUAUAGUGAUUUUAAACCGAGGGAAAAUGAAACUGAACACAACGACUGUGUUUCAUUUGGAAAGUAUUCGCAAAUUGAAGAAAUCGGAAUUCACACAAAACCGUACAAAUCAAACACAGGCUAUGACACCUCAAAUAAAGAAUGGGAUAAAGCAAAUAAUAUUAAGGAACAGACUUUCAUUUCUUCUUCUCAAAGUAUGAAAGUCUGCAUUUACAUGAUGACAGAUGUUGCUCUCCGCAUGGAUGUGGAGGACGGUGUCAAUGCUACUGUUCACGAAUUGGUGCAAUCCAUCGUCUCUGAGGAACAGUUAAGGUUAACUCGUGUCGCUGCAACGAUAUUUACACUAUGGAUGACAUCUGGUUUGCUUGAGCUUCAACUUAAACCACACCAUAAACCAUUAAGUAUACGCACCAAGUGGCCUUCAUUGCUUAAUAAGUAUGCUCAUGCUUCUGAAUCAAGACAGCGGAGGGACGAACCAAUUUUGUCAUUUCAACGAAAUGUUUUUUUCCCAUUAAAUCAAGAGGAGAGAAUAAAAGAUGAAAAGAUAUUAGAACUGCUGUAUGCUGAAGCUAAAUACAACAUCCUUGAAGGUCGUUAUCCAUGCGAAAUGGCCCAAUAUAUUAUGUUGGGAAGUAUACAAGCUAGAAUAGAACUGGGACCAUAUAAUCCACAAUUUCACACCCUGCAGUUCUUCAGGGAACAACAUGGACGAUUUUUACCUGCCCAUAUGAGAAACGGAAGUUGGAAUUCGUGGCUGAGGCUGAGCAGUAAGGACACUCCAGAAGUUCGUCUUUUAGAACACUAUAGACGUUUGCCUGAUCGGAAACUACAUAAAAAAUACCUAGAGUUUUGCUGGACUUUACCGUACUAUGGGUCAGCUUUUUUUCAAGGGCAAAUUGAGCAACCUGUCAGAGGAUUGACAUCAUUAGUAACACAUCAAGAUAUUCCAGUUUUAGUUGGUAUCAAUGCUCAAGGGGUUUAUGUUAUAAAUAAUGUUCAGUGUCAGACUCUAUUAGUUGGAUUGAAAUAUGAAGAAUUUUCAUGGGACUUCGCUAAGCCUUCACAGGAAGAAAAUCCGGAUUGCUUACCAUGUCUAUUUCUUCAGUUUCGAGUAGUUGAAAAUGGCACAAGAGUUUCAAAAAUUUUACAAAUCUUUUCAAAACAAGCAGUUAUGAUGGAUGUCUUGAUAACUGGUUUUGUUGAGGAUACAAAACAAAAAUUGUCUUCCAGUGGAUCGGAAAGGAAUACCCAAAUAUAUGAAUCAAGCACUGACACAAAUGAUUCAAAUUUACCUUUGGGCGUAGCAGCAACCUGUAAAGAUACCACUCACAGCUUUCUUACAAACAAAUUAAGGAAAUUAACAUUGGCUACAUUUGAUGAAGAAGGUCGCUGUAUAGGACAGAUGGGAUCUUGGUCUUUCAGUUAUUAGUUUUUUUUACUUCUUCAUAAUGAUAAAAUAUUGUUCUGAUCUACUAUUACUUUAAGCUUUAACAUUCAAACUAAUAUAACAUUAUCACUGACGAUGUACAUAAGCAAAAUAUUAAUCAUUUUGU